CCGGCCGUUUCCAGUUGCGCCGUCUCGGUCUCACUCCCCUAAACCCCUGAAAGGCCGAAACCUCUCCCGCCGGUGCUCCCCAAAUGGCGGUGGAGAAAUCCGGCGGCGGCGCCGCGGCCUCCUCCUCCACCGCCGCCACCUCCGCCAUGGACCGCUUCCACAAGAUCGUCCUCAGUUGGGACUACGUCCGCCUCGUCGCCGACUCCAAGGGGGACAAGCAGGCGAAGGGGCUGCGGCGCGUGAAGAACACGUACGACUCGGUGGCCGAGUACCUCGGCGUCUUCGAGCCGCUGCUCUUCGAGGAGGUCAAGGCGCAGAUCGUCCAGGGCCGCAGCAACGAGGAGGAGGAGGUUGGGCUGGACUGGCAGAAGGGGGUGGUGGCGUCAUGCGCGGAGUCUGAGGGGUUCCACAAGGUGUCGAUGGCGGUGCUUGAUGAUUUCAGGGAGAAUGUGUCGGAGAAUGACCUUCUGCUGCUCUCCAAAGAGAAAUUUGAGGAGGGAGUGACCCCUAUUGCAUAUGCCUUCGCAUUGGUGGAACAACGUGGUGGUAGGGAAACAAUUUCUCUUAGAACAUUUGUGGCAGGUGAAAUUAAGAAUCUGAAUGUUGCAAAGCCUGUGAAUUCUCCAAGGCUGCAGCGUAUUGCUUCGGUUUUUGCAACCGCAGAGAGCUUUCUGUGGAUACUAAAGAUCUGCAGCUUGUCUACUAUUAUGCGAGAGUACUCGGCUAUGCAUUCUGUUGCUUCACUGCCUUUAAAGGAUUUGAUUCUUUCAGCUGCUGAGAAGCAUAAAGAUGGCGAUGACCAAAGUCGUGCUUGGAAUGUUCCUGAACCGCUUAUGGAUUACCUCAAAACAAACCUUAAUGAUUCACAACUAGAUGCAGUCAAUGCAGGUCUUUCGCGCAGAUCCUUUGUUCUCAUUCAGGGUCCUCCAGGAACAGGAAAGACGCAAACUAUCCUUGGACUCCUCAGUGCUAUUCUCCACUCUGCCCCUGCGAGAAUGCAGACCAAAGGAGGAUUUGAUGUUCAGAAGCAUGGACCAGAGCUGGAUAUUGAGGGCAAGAAUGCACACUGGAUGAAAGCAUCUCCUUGGCUACUUGGUGCAAAUCCUCGAGAUCUGAUUAUGCCUAUUGAUGGCGAUGAUGGUUUUUACCCUACCGGGAAUGAGCUGAAACCUGAAGUUGUAAGUACCAAUCGCAAGUACCGGGCUCAUGUGUUGGUCUGUGCUCCAUCAAACUCAGCUCUCGAUGAGAUUGUAUUGCGUGUUCUUCAAACAGGAAUACGUGAUGAAAAUAACAACACUUACAACCCUAAAAUUGUGCGCAUUGGACUAAAGGCGCAUCAUUCGGUUAAAGCAGUUUCCAUGGAUUACCUUAUACAACAAAAACUUUCUGGUGUAGAUCGCUCAUUAGAUGGUGGGAGACGAGGAGCUGGCGAAUAUGAUCGAAUUAGAGCUUCAAUACUGGAUGAAGCAGCCAUUGUAUUUUCUACUCUGAGUUUCAGUGGAUCGUCAAUUUUCAGCAGGAUGACGCGUGCUUUUGAUGUUGUUAUAAUUGAUGAAGCUGCCCAAGCUGUGGAACCAGCAACUCUUGUACCCUUGAUCCAUGGGUGCAGACAAAUUUUUCUUGUCGGUGACCCAGUCCAGUUGCCUGCUACUGUAAUUUCAUCAACUGCUCAGAAAUUAGGGUAUGGAACAAGUUUGUUCAAGAGAUUCCAAGCUGCUGGUUUUCCGGUGCAAAUGCUUAAAAUUCAGUAUCGCAUGCAUCCAGAGAUUAGCAUCUUCCCUUCAAAAGAAUUCUACGAAGGGAUUCUAGAAGAUGGGGAGGGACUCAACAAGAAACGUCCAUGGCAUUCGUACAGCUGCUUUGGGCCAUUCUGCUUCUUUGAUGUUGAUGGAAUUGAAUCCCAGCCAUCUGGAAGUGGUUCAUGGGUGAAUCAGGAUGAAGUGGAAUUCAUAACUCUCCUAUAUCACGAAUUGGCAAUGCACUAUCCAGAUCUCAAAUCUAGUUCUCAAGUGGCUGUUAUAUCACCAUAUAGGCAUCAGGUGAAACUUUUGAAGGACCGUUUUCGGUUGACCUUUGGGGAUCAAUCAAAGGAAGUGAUAGAUGUAAACACUGUUGAUGGUUUCCAGGGGCGUGAAAAGGAAAUAGUCAUCUUUUCAUGUGUAAGGUGCAACAAGGAGCAAAAGAUUGGGUUUGUUUCUGAUUUUAGACGAAUGAAUGUUGCCAUCACAAGAGCUAGGUCUGCUGUACUUGUUGUAGGUUCUGCUUCAACAUUGAAGCAAGACAAACACUGGAACAAUCUUGUUGAGAGUGCCAAAGAGCGAAACCGCUAUUUCAAGGUCCCCAAGCCAUUCACCGCAUUUUUUACUGAGGAUAAGCUGAAAACCAUGAAAGUGGAAAGGCUCCCUCCACAACUGAUGCAUGCUCAAGCGCUGGAAGCGAUCAAUGAAGUGGUUGUACGGCAAGAGCUCAUGGAUGUCGAUGCAGAUGGAGGGGAUGAUGAUGCUGCCAUGGGGGCUGAUGACGGAGGUGGCGAUGAUUAAUUGUGCGCUACGAUAGAGGUGCGGCCUGGGUAGAGAAGUUGUAUUAGGAGAACUGGUACAUGGAGUAGGCUUUCUUAGGUGGACAUGGAGGUUGCCUUAGUUGAGGGUUCAAAAUAGAAAUUCGAAGAAACGAUUCUUAGAGGUGGCUCCUAUUUGCAUGUGCUUACUGAUACAUGACUUCUAUGUACAUUUUCCACGGUUCAAUAGCUUCAUAGUAGUGUCCAAUGA